AUGACAAGCGCUAGAGAAAUCAUAUUUGUCACAGGGAAUGCCAACAAAUUGAAGGAAGUUAAGAUGAUCUUAGCUCCAUCAGAAAAUGAACCAUCACCAUCAUUUACUAUAGUGAAUGAAGCCUUAGAUUUAGAGGAAUUACAAGAUAUUGAUUUAGAAGCUAUUGCUCUUGCAAAAUGUAAACAAGCCGUUCAAAUUUUAGGGCCAGGAAGACCUGUUUUCGUUGAAGAUACAGCGUUACGUUUUGAUGAAUUCAACGGAUUACCAGGUGCUUAUAUCAAAUGGUUUGUUAAAAGUAUGGGACUUGCCAAGAUUGUUCAAAUGUUACAACCAUUCGAAAAUAAAGGAGCAGAAGCCGUGACAACAAUAGUAUAUGCGGACGGUAAGGGACAAUACCAUACCUUCCAAGGGAUUACAAGAGGAACCAUUGUAGACAGUCGUGGACCAACUACUUUCGGAUGGGAUUCUAUCUUCCAACCCAUUGAAGGCAAAGGACAAACGUACGCUGAAAUGGAAAAGAAGGACAAGAACUUGAUUUCACAAAGAGGUAGAGCAUUUGCCCAAUUGAAGGACUUUCUAUAUAACAGCAGCGACAACCAAUAA